AUGGAGAGGAAGUUAAGGAUAAACAUGGUUUGCUCGUCCAGAGAUAAGCGAUUUUUGGUAAGGAAAACUUCAGUUACAACUGAGAGUAACUGUUACAGCUUGAAACCCUUGAAAAUGAAGUCCUAGGGUGUCAUCAUUGAGGCAUAUAUAUCAGGUCAGGAUGAGAUCCCAUCGGCCGUAGCCCCUUUCUCCCCUCAUGAAAUUUACACAAGGUAGAACUCUUUUCUGCUUUUAUAUCACACUUACAUGAUAUUUCAAGCUGGAAAUGUUUAUGAAAGUGCAAAUCUCUUCAAUCUGAAAAAAAAAAAAAUGACACGAUAAUCAGUAGGAUUCGAACCCACGACUCAGAUGGUCCAGUAUGCUACGCUAACCACAAGACCACUGAGGAUUUGCUAGAUGGAGGCGAAAUAAUUUAAGUAUAUAUAGCAUCAACCCCAACCCCCAAAAAAGGAACCUGACCAGUUUCGAAACAGUGUUUAACCCUAAUCAGUAAAGGCAGUUCUUAACCCUAAUCAGUAGAGGUAGUGCUUAACCCUCAUAAGUAAAGGGGAAAACUACUUUUUGUAAAUUUCAUGAUGUGUCCAAAGGGGCUACCGUCUAUGGGAUCUAAUGACAACCUAUAUAUCAGUCAUAAGUGGGACAUUGGUUGGUUUGCCAAAAAAACAUUGGUAAACAUUUCCUCAUGUACACUAACAUUUACUAAUUGAUGGUUUUCACGGUGACGUCAUCAGAUUGCAAAGUCAAAAAAGCGAGGUUUUACGAAUUCUUAUUUACACUAGGUUGAAGAUUGAUAGGAAAUACAUCUUUGUACAAGUUUCCAGCCCCGAAGCAUGUUUCAUUUCGAAAAUACAGCAGUUUGAACUUCCGAGUUUUCACAGUGCGUGACACCAAAAGCGGAAUGCUAUCUCCUUGAAAAAGUCUCUCCGCUUGAUUUUCAGCAGUUUAACCAUUUCAAGUAUUAGAAGAUAUGUUUAUGCGCAAGUAUGCUAGUUCUCGAGUGAAAAGGAAGAGCUUUUAUAGAAAAAGUGAACUCCAGAUGUUUUUGUUGAUUUCCGGGGCCAUAUUGGUGGACAGUUUCUGUCCACCAGUAUGGCGUCUCCAUACAAAGCUCUACAAAGGUGCGUGAAAUGUUUCGCAACUAACUCAGAAACUGUGGGCCACAAAGACCUGAGAUUUGGACAAAUUGUUUACAUAUUAGUCUUUUAUAACAUUUCAUUUUCUUGGCUUCUUUCACUGGACGGUUUCAGAUGUAUUUUUUUGUGUCGUGUUUAUUGCGUGACAGUGAAAACGAAGAAUAGACGAUUACCCAUUACAUCUGAGGAUUGAGAUACCUCCCGACACAGGGUUAAAUGAAUAAACAAUAAAGAAAAUAGUGAUUUUAGUGGUGCAAAUCCACAAAGUGACUCUUCUUUUUCAGGAGUUUAGUCUAGUUUAGGGUAGCAGAAUUUAACUGAACUAGGUAUGCUAAGGGGUCCGAGAUCCUGGGUGCCAAUGGCACAUCCCUACUCAAACAUCCCUACAGUACCUCUCUCAGGCAGAUGGCAUUACCUUUGUCAUGUGAACCUGGGCUUCAUUUGGUGGAAGGCGAGUGCAUUCUCCCAACACUCUGCCACCCUUUCCCAUCCCUCAAAAACAAAGAACCAAUGAUAGACAGAACUUAGAUUAAACUGAUGAAUUAUCUCUUUAUUGUUCCAUUACAGGUCUUAGCUGAAAGGGAAUGGACAAUGGCUACCUUUAGGAAAUGUACCGAAGAUGUGUUUAAAAGAUUAUACCCUGAUGAACCAAAGCUAAGAAUUUCUAGUUUACAAAAUGAGUUUCAUUUUGAUAUACCACUUAGUUACAAGGUUGAUGAUGUGUUAGUUGAUGCUGGACUUGUGUUUGCUGUGGAAGAAGAAAUCAGUCUGGUAAACUCCUUAAGGUAGUUAAUAAUAUCAAAUUUAUUCUAUUUGGAAUGUGGUAGAAAUCUCAGACCUUGGAUAAUCAGACCUACAAAAAAUUCCGGAACCUCAUCUUUACUUGAAAACUCAAGUGAUAGAUCAUAAAACAUGAGACCCUCAAUAGCUUAUAUACACUGUCACCUUACAUGCGUGUUAUGUAUAUGUGUACAUGUGUAAAACCAGAGGACAUAGAAUGUGCUAGUUAGUAAAAUUAUUUUAGUUAUUUACUCAUCUUUACAUUUUUUGUAUGUCAAUGAUAUUAUGCUUGCAUCUUUGACCGGUAAUGCAAAAUUAAAUAUUCUGACUGUUUAUUUUACUGAAUAUAUUUCUCCUUUAACAGCGUGGUACCUCCUGAAGAAUCAGAAUUGAAAUCAAAGACAAGUAAUGUAAAUGAGGAGGAAUUUCUUAAAGAUUACUCUUCUGGGCCAUCAAGAAGAAAACGGGCAAAAAGUAUCAAGAAAUCCUCAAGAUCGGUCAAAAUUCAAACCCAUCUUUCAGGAAAAGUGGUGGAUAGUUCAUCAAGUACCAGAGUUUCAUCAACAACAAGUCCAACGUCAAUGGAUCAAGGUGUGGAAAGAAUAGUUAUAAUAUUAUAAUAUGCAAUUUUUUUAAAUAAAACUAUUAAUUGCCAUAUAAGGUCUGAAGAAUUACCAGUAUGCAGAUAAAGGAGGGUGUUAUCAACCAAGGCUGAUUGCAUUUUAAGUUCCAGUCAUCAACUGCCUGCCUUUUUCAAUUUUCUGCAGUCACCCUGUGUCAUGAGAGAAUAAUUUAAUUAGGUUGAUUGUGCUGUGCAUGAGUAGUUUUGUUUGGACCUUGUGGUUGUCAAGUUGUAGCUGGAGUGUCAGAGUUGAAGAUGUACACAAAGGACUUUCUUCUUGUAGAAUUAUUUAGUUAAUUUUCCUGUUUCCCAGUUGUCAAAUCAAUACCCUGCACCUCUGUUGUCUUUUUAUCGGAUAUCCAGAACAUAUUGCACAUUGGGUCAACGUUACAUGUAGCUGGUCAUAGAGAAUUUGCAGGGAGCUUUUAGGCAGUCAGAAGCUAUUACAGUACCAUGUUUCCUUUAAAGUCACCACAGUUCUAGGCAGGUUUUCUAACUUUUCUGUGCAGCUUUUGUACAAGGUUUGUCUGAAUUUAGGGGUGGUGAUAAAACUUCUCAUUUGCUUAAAACAUGAUGGUACUAUGUGUUUUUUCUUUGUUUCUUUGUUUGUUUGUUUUUUUUUUCAGAAGGACAGGACGGCAUAAAUGCAUUAAUAGUACAUAUGCUAGUUCUAUUAAAUACAUGAUUUUUUUCUUCUCUCAGCAUCUAGUAUGAUGCCCCAGAUUGUGGAGAAAAUAUCAGAAGAUUCAGAGGUGGAUAUCGAGGUAGACAAUACCUUACCAACAGUAGUUUCUGCAGCACAAAGAAACACCCUUUUAACUUUCAGACAUCUCCUACCCCCAUACUGGCCCGUACCCCUUGAAAUUCCCACCUGGGUGGGUGUUGACAUCAUGUGGAACCCUGGGUUCACAAAUUCUUGAAAAGUCCUUGAAUUUUUCCCAAACUUGGAUGUCUCAAAAUAAAGUUGAGAUGUUAGGAACAAAUUUAUUUGAGUACAAUUCCUGUUUUCUAGAUAACUGUGUAUGUCAGUUAACCUUCUUCAAAUCACACAGAUUUUUGCCACACAGAGCUAAUACUUCAUGGCUUUGAUAGUCUUUGUAAAAGAGCUCAAAUGUUGGUUAUCUUUAUCCAUCUAGAGUGUAGAUGACUCCAUAAUUCAGUCCUUUGAGAACACAUCCAACACCACAGAAGCUAAGAGAAAAGUUAGUAACAAAAAGGCAAGCCAGCAGCUUCUUCGAAAGGCAAGAAAACUUAAACGAAGACUUUGAAGAAAAAGGCAAUCAGACAUAAAGAAUGAUAUUGUUAUCAAACAAUAUUAUUGUUUCAUUUUCUGGACAAGACAAACUGUGUAGAUGGGGGAACCUUUCCCAUGAAUUUGUUCUUACAGCCAGGAUCAUUCCUCAAUCGUUAAGGUUUUUCUUUGAAAAUCAAAGCUGGCUUUGCUACACAAAUAAAAACAAUUUUAUACGAGGAAAAAUUUUCUGUAUAAACCACAUUUCCCUCCUCCGUCUUAUUAGAAAAACAUGCGAUGGUACAGUUCGCAUCUUAAAGACCUUGGCAGUUAUUUUUCCUCAUAUAAAUGGCCCUGGAAUAAGAGUGCUGUAUUGGUAUUAACUACUUUGUAUUUUUUGUCGUAAUUAGAAUGUCGUAAUUAUCAUGCUGAUCUUGUGAAGCACAAAUUAUGAGAGAUUGUGUGAAAAUUUCUCCAUUGUGUAGAGAAUAAAUAACAUUUAAACUAAGAGAAAAAAACUCUGUGUCUAUCAUUAUUUUAGUUUAACUGUUUUGUAUUAGCAUGUUUACUACUUGGAGAAUUUCAAGGCCUACAGAGCUCUCUGGAGGAAGUCCAGUUUCGAGUUCGGUAUCGCCGCUGAAUUAAAGAAGUGACGACGCAUUUUUUACAGGCUUAGCCUCCACCUGAAGUAAAUAUAUUCACAAAUUCUACCGAGAGGAAGACCUGUUUAUUACUUUGUCUAUUGUAUAUAUUCAAAUUUCAAACACUUACUUCCCGGAGUUUCUGAAUAUUUUACCUUAUGUCAAGGCUAACCCUGUAUGAAUGUGUCAUUAAUGUUUGUAUUCAGUGGUAAUUUUUAAUUCGAAACUGGACAAUUUAUUGCAAUAAUCCUUUGCUGUAUCUGUUGGGCCAAGCUCUUGGACAGAUCAACCUUGAGGAAUAAUAUUGCACUAUUGCUACUUCCUUACCAGACAUCUCUCUCAAAUUUGUGCACAAAGGUGGGAAAGAGAAAAUGGGCGAGAUGGUCAUUCGCAUCUCUUUUUUUCUCCUUCCUUCCUGUGGUCCCUCACACUUACUCACAAGUUACUUGCAUUUCACACUUGCCUUUGUUUGCAACCAAACUGCAAAAAACAAAGAGGAGGCAGGUGCAAUUGAUUGGUAGUUGCAUCUCACCACCAUUUGAGGGAAGUGGGGCGGGGCUGCAAAAACGAGGUAAUAGGAGGGGGUGGGGGUGGUAUUUGACCUAAGUGAAACACAUUACUGUUGUCAAGACCAAAUACAUACAUAGUGGCCACUACCAUGUGCACGUGCACAGCUGCAUCACCUGGGCAAUGGCAGCCAAGGACAUGGUGCAGCCAACUGGCUGUAUUGAGAUGCUCUUAAUAGAUAAGCCUAGUGGUGCUAAGUAGUCCUUUAAGCACCAGCUGUACCACACACAUGUGGUAGCUACUGGCUGGGAACUGCAAAACAGUUCAUAGUAAGUACAUGAAACUGGGAUCUACUGGCCAUGGAGUUGUUGGUGUGUACUUCGUAGCUGAAAAUGGUCUUGUCAACAGCACUGUUUCAAGGUUUACCUCCCUUUUAGUUGACCCUUUAAACCCCAAUACACACAUACAAAUUCUCCAUACUGAUCUCCAUACAUUUUCCUUAAGAAUGUGUUGAGAGAAUUUGAUAAAAGAUCAUGGCAUUUUCUCUUUAGUGAUCGUUUUAUUAAUUCUCAUAACCUUAUCUCUUAACGAUGUAUGGAUAUCAGUAGAAGAAAAUUGAUAGGCUCCUAAUAUUGGUCACUAUUGGGACUUAAAGGGUCAAGCCCCACCCAAUGCCCCCAAUAUUUAUUUUUGAUUCACUGAGAAGCUCAGAAUUAAUCGUCCUGUCACCCUCCCCUAAAUUCGAAGGUUAUUUGAUCUCCCCACACGAACCUUUGAGAUGUAUAGCUCAGUUUCAAGGGCGUCAAAGACGUCACGUGGUGAUCCGUAGUGAUACUUCCGGCGGCUCUUUCUUUCAUCACUCUGAAUCGAGUCUCCAUCCGAGAGGCAAAAAAUGUUGAAGUGUUGUGGGUGCAAUCAUCAGUGACACGCUCAGACACAAAACAAAUAUGGCAAAUUGUGAACGUUUUUCUUCCGUUACUUUCAGACAGUGCUAAUCAAUGGGGCGCGAGCUUCAUUUCGACGGGACACGCACAUCUUCGGCAGACAAACGAGAUCCAAGCGUGAACAAGGCGGCUACCCGUGGAUUCAUGAGAGACAUGCUAUGAAGUCACUCAGUGCAAAUCGAGUGGUUGUUUUUUUAUUUUUCGGGGCAUAUUGGAAUGUGUGUAAUGCUGAAGACGAUGCUCUGAUACGCAGUGAACCUCUCCAAUUUUGCCCCUACUUUAAGAAUCGGGGUCCGUCAAGACAGGAAAAUCUCGGAAACUGCAGCUGGUAUAAAGAGAGUUCUUGCUGUUAUGACGAAGAAAUCGAAUUUGCGUUCCGCCAAUUAACUCCACUCAUAGGCGCGAGCGGUGACUGCUUAAAAUAUCUUAACUAUUUAUACUGUUACAUUUGCGCUCCAAAUCAGAACACCUUCUUCAAGGACUUCACACUCACUGUCUGCAGAGAGUUCUGUGAUCGCGUCUACGACUCCUGCAAAAACGCCGUGCUAAAGGGACGGAAAAUCAAGUACAUCUACAAGAAUGGUGAGCAGUUUUGUAAAGGGCGUCGCUUUGAGACGGAUAUGGAAGCAAACGGGAAGUGCUUUACUUUCGAGCCAAGGCCAACAGUGAAAAGUGGAUCGCAAAGAACUGACUUUUGCAUGGGGUUUGUUGUGUUUGCGCUUUUCGGUAGGCGCUGUGUUUUGUUUUGA